CUAAAUUGUUUUUUUUUCUUUCAUCUCUCUCUCUCUUCUCUAUAAGGGCUCUGCCUCUUCUACACCAGCCGAAACAAUCAUACCAUGACAUUAAAGUCCAAAUUUUUUUAAUACAUUUUCGUAUUUUUGAUUUAAAGUAAAGUUUUUUUUUUUUUCCUCUCAUCCAUUAAAAAUGGAAAAUGUGAUCUGGGUUUUUCAUAGAAAGGAUUGAAACAAUUUUUGAUUUUUCUUCUUCUUCUUCUCCUUGUGUGUGUAAAUGGGUCUGUUUGAUUCUUUGUUUGGAAAAGAUGCAAGGAAAUUUCUCAAAAGGAAAGAUAGUGAUGCUGCAGAAGCAGGAAGAGCUUUGGAGGAACUCAGAAGUUCUUUAUACAAUGAGCUUAAAACAUCAGAAGGAGCUAAACGGCAACAACAGAGAUUUUGUGGACCUGUUGUUGCAAUGUCCUUCAAUUUCAUUGUUGCUGUUGGAAUCAUCCUCGCCAAUAAACUAGUGAUGGGAAGAGUUGGAUUCAAUUUUCCAAUCUUUCUAACAUUGAUUCACUAUACUGUUGCUUGGAUUCUUCUAGCUUUCUUCAAGUCUCUCUCUUUGCUUCCAAUGUCUCCUCCAUCAAAGACUACACCUUUCUCCUCUCUCUUCUCUCUUGGAGCUGUCAUGGCCUUUGCUUCUGGACUCGCUAAUACCAGUCUCAAACACAACAGCGUUGGAUUCUAUCAGAUGGCUAAGAUCGCAGUGACACCAACGAUUGUUCUUGCAGAGUUUGUUCUUUUCAAGAAAACCAUCUCUUCCACAAAGGUCAUGGCAUUAGCUGUAGUAUCCCUAGGGGUGGCAAUUGCGACAGUGACAGAUCUAGAAUUUAAUUUGUUUGGCGCAUUGGUAGCUGUUGCUUGGAUUAUCCCAAGUGCUAUCAAUAAAAUCCUCUGGUCUAAUCUUCAGCAACAAGCUAAUUGGACUGCCCUAGCAUUGAUGUGGAAGACAACACCAUUUACCGUCUUCUUCUUAUUGGCUCUCAUGCCAUGGCUUGACCCACCUGGAAUUUUACUGUUCAAAUGGGAUUUAGGUAACUCUUCUGCAAUCCUCAUCUCGGCUCUUCUCGGCUUUCUCCUCCAAUGGUCUGGUGCACUAGCUCUCGGUGCAACGUCGGCAACAUCUCAUGUAGUAUUAGGGCAAUUCAAGACAUGUGUGAUCUUGCUUGGAGGUUACGUUAUCUUCGGGUCCGAUCCUGGCUUCAUCAGCAUCUGCGGCGCUGUGGCAGCUCUUGUCGGCAUGUCUGUCUACACGUGGCUCAAUCUUCCGGGGAAAUCAAUCGAUCACAUCUCGAGCAAGCAGCUUCCAAAACAAAACAUAACCAUUUCAAAACCUAAAGCCGAGGCUGACGACGGAGGAGGAGAGACCGGAGUAGCCGUAGUUUCUAUUGAUCCAAUUCACUCCAAGACUACAACUGCAAAUAUCGUAUAGCUUUUAUAUUUUUGUUAGAUGCCAAAGAUUAAAAAAAAAAAAAAAAGAGUUUAGCUUGUAACAAUGGUUUAAUCUUGAACUAGCUUAGUAAAUAAUAAAAUACAGAUUUUGAUUUAUUAA